UCCUCUCUGUUUCCUGCGCUCAAUGCCACGUAAUUAGCGGCAGACGCAAAAUUCAAGCAACACUUCAGACUGUUAAAGGUGAAAGCAGACCCGCUGCGCUAACAGUGUCCCAGGUUUCCAUCACGGUAUUAUCAAUAAUUGGCACGUUUGGAAGUGAUCCAAGAUGCUGAAGUUGUUGAUUGUGUGCGCACUGGCCGCUAUGAGCACGGCUGAUAUCGCCGAGGAGGAGGACGUGCUCGUACUCAAGAAAAGUAACUUCGAGGAGGCCUUCAAAACUUACCCAAAUAUCCUUGUUGAAUUUUAUGCACCAUGGUGUGGGCACUGUAAAGCCCUGGCCCCCGAAUAUGCCAAAGCAGCUGGUAUGCUGAAAGCUGAAGGCUCAGACAUCAAACUAGCAAAGGUGGAUGCAACGGAGGAAUCUGAGCUCGCUCAGGAGUUUGGUGUUCGUGGAUAUCCCACCAUCAAGUUCUUCAAGGGAGGAGAGAAGGAAAACCCCAAGGAGUAUUCCGCUGGCCGACAGGCUGAUGACAUUGUCAACUGGCUGAAAAAGCGAACUGGCCCUGCAGCUACUACUUUAACUGAUGUGACCCAGGCAGAGUCUCUUAUUGCUGAUAAUGAGGUUGCAGUCAUUGGGUUCUUUAAGGAUGUUGAAUCAGAAAAUGCCAAGGCCUUCAUUAAAACAGCAGAGGCUGUGGAUGACAUCCCCUUUGGCAUCAUCUCUGAUGAUGCAGGCUUUUCAAAGUUUGAAGUGGCCAAGGAUGGUGUUGUUCUUUUUAAGAAGGAUGAUGCAAUCCCAACGAAAAAGGGUCACGAUCGUGUGUUGGAUCCGCAGGCGUUUGAUGAAGGUCGCAAUGCAUUUGAUGGAGUGGUCAGCAAAGAGAAGCUACUGACCUUCAUCAGAUCCAACCAACUUCCCCUGGUCAUUGAGUUUACAGAGCAGACUGCUCCAAAAAUAUUUGGAGGCGUCAUCAAGUCCCACAUCCUAAUGUUUGUUCCCAAAACGGCCAAAGACUUCCAGGAUAAGAUGGACCAAUUUAAGAAGGCAGCUGAGGGUUUCAAAGGCAAAAUCCUCUUCAUCUUUAUUGACAGUGAUGUGGAUGAUAAUCAGCGAAUUCUGGAAUUCUUUGGUCUUAAGAAGGAAGCGUGCCCAGCAAUCCGCCUCAUUACCCUAGAGGAAGAGAUGACCAAAUAUAAACCAGAAACCUCAGAAAUCACAGCAGAGAACAUCAUCUCCUUCUGCACAGCCUUCACAGAGGGAAAACUUAAGCCUCAUUUGAUGAGUCAGGACAUUCCCGAUGACUGGGAUAAGAACCCGGUCAAGGUCCUGGUGGGCAAAAACUUUGAAGAGGUUGCCUUCGACCCUGCUAAGAAUGUAUUUGUAGAGUUUUAUGCCCCAUGGUGUGGUCACUGUAAACAGCUGGCACCCAUCUGGGAUCAAUUGGGUGAGAAAUUCAAAGACACCGCAAAUAUUGUUGUGGCCAAGAUGGACUCCACAGCCAAUGAGAUUGAAACUGUCAAAGUGCAUAGCUUCCCCACGCUCAAGUUCUUCCCUGCUGGUGAUGACCGUAAGGUAAUUGACUACAAUGGUGAGAGAACGCUAGAUGGAUUCACUAAGUUUUUGGAGAGCGGAGGAAAAGAAGGUGGGGCACCAGCAGAUGAUGAGGAGGAUGAAGAUUCUGAUGAUCUGGAUCUUGAUGAUGCAGAAGAGGAUGAUUCAGAUGUGGAUGAGGGACACGAUGAGUUAUAAGAGUCAUGAAGAAAAGGCGAGACAAACCCCUUCACCACCACCUCCAAUUUAGACCUCCCUGUCUACGAACACUAAAGCUUUUCUGAACUAAUCCUAACUAAACAGCCCCUGGGCAUUACAGGGUCUUUCAGCCAGCUGCCGUUACCAGUCCAGCCCAACCAUCUGCAGCCCAGAGAAUGCCUCUUUGCCCACAAAAACUUUUAUCUCUGAAUUGUUUUACUGUACAGUUUGUUUGUUGCAUUAAAACAUAUUAGGUUUUUAGGUUUAAUUCUAAUGGUAAUCUGUUGAACUGCUCUUUAUACCUACCCACUACCUCCUUUUGUGAUCUGGAGGAUCAGUAUUAAGAUUUUGCAGUAUAAUUCUGGAAAUACUCUCCUGAUGAAGGAGGGGGAUGGCCAAUUAUCCUGCCUUAAUUCUGCGAUAUGCAUGAGUGGACAUUUCAGGGCAGAGGAGCUGUAGGUCAUUCCAUUUGGGUGGAAAUAAAAAUUAUGGGAUGCUAUUACAGUGUGAACCAAACUGAGGUACCUUUGCGGUUUCAUUAGUCAAACCACAUUUUCAUAUUUUUCCUUUUCCAAAUUAACACCUGCUACUGAAUUAUUUUUAAAGAUGUAAAAGUGUAGAACUUAUUUAAUUUUAUAUUUCAAUUAUUUUCUUUAUUAUAAUCUUCCAUACUGAAGGGCCCAGAAACAGCACUUCUGUUGAAUUGCCUGGGGCAGAGUUGGCCCUGUCAGCUUUCUGGUUGUCUGGGAGGAUGAUUUGAAAUGUUUUGCACUUCAUUCAGAUUCCAUAUCCGUUACUGGAAUAAAGAUUUAUCAUAUUGUAUGGACAAUAACUCCCCUAUACCUUGCUUUCCAUCACUUUAGUGUAAGAUUCCUUCGUGCAGGUAUAAUAACAGUUGAUGACGUCAGAGUGAUGGGGAGGAGAAAGUGUUCUUGUAACCAACAUAAUCAGUCUUUUCCCCUUCUUAUGCCAGGGUUCAGGGUUGUGCGCAUGUGUGAUUUGUCUAACCCUAAUGUUGUUGGUCUUUAUCUAUUUUUCUAGGAGCGGUGAAUUUCAGGGGUGAUGUUUAAAGAAAGGGGGGGUUCAGAAAUUCAGUUGAGAGGAUUUGGGUUUUAAAAUUUGUCAAAAUGUUUGAGACAAAGCAUUCCAUUGCAUUAAAAUAGAUAAUAUAAACUGGUGGCCAAAUAAACAACAAAAUAGUAA